AUGAAGCAAUCUGACGAGCUGAUUAAGAUUGCCUUGCAGGGCCUAAGGUACCUGCAGACCUAUGCGUGGCUAUUUCUGCGAACACUGGUCACAGCAGGCUAUCUUGGCUGGAUCGCAUUCACUUUCACGACACCCGUAGAUGUCUACGUGCUCGAUGGCAAGAUCGAUGUGCAGAGGCCACCCGGACUCAUUAUAACUUUUGCCUCGAUCCUGGUCGGGCUUUACAGUCUGCUCAUUUUACAGGCAUCACCGAUCACAUACUACGCGUACGCCUUCUUUCCAGUCUUGUUUUGGGAAGAGGUUUUUGCGCGGUCGAGGGAGGGCAAGAAAAAAUUGUUUUCGCAGUUUUCGAAGAGUGAUACAGUUCAGUUUGCAUUGAACAUCGCUGCAUAUUUGGCAUUGCUGGAAGUCAUGGUUCAAAGCUACUACAAUCGACGGGUCUAUACGAUUGUCCACCUGACCGCUACCGCUUGGCCACUGCUUUACGAUACAGACUUCGUCAAGACAAACUUUUUCCUCUGCACUACAUGGGCACUUUCCUGCGCUGCUAUGAGCGUCUUCACUCUUCUACCAGCUAAAGAAUUGGAGGAUAUAACCUUCAUUUCUGUCGGUGGCAUCCUAAUCCUUCUAGUCGGUUUCUUGUAUAUUGCGUUUGAAAAGAGACUAUUAGUACAGACUGCGCCCUCAAAAGAUGGGCCGGGCGCAGCAGAUGCCGAUGGUGUGUCGAGAGCGAUUCAUGGUUUGCAGGUCGGACUAGUUGCUCUUGCAAUGCUUGUUACGAGGUCGAGUGUGGCUUCUUUAGAAGACGAAGCAGGGACUUCCGCUGGGAACACAGAUUGCUGGGUGGGCUACGCUGGAGUCUGUCUCUUCUUCCUCUUCCUGCUGCACUCCGCCUUCUUCAGCACCGGAAACAUCGUCUCGGUCUCCUCAUUCUCGCUGGACGCUGUCUACCGGCUACUUCCGAUCUUCGAUCCCUUCAGCCAGGCGGCUCUUCUCAUCUUCAAGAUUCUGGCUCCUUUCGCCCUGGUUUCUGCCAACCUUGGAUUUCUGACCAAGAGACUGAGGCUUCAAGGUGGGAGUCUGUUCACGGUUGUCAUGGGCAUCGGUGACUACAUAACUCUGCGCUUCUUCUGGGCAGUAAGAGAUAAGGGGAGCUGGCUGGAGAUUGGAGAGAGUAUUAGCAUGUUUAUUAUUGCUUCUGCGUUAUGUGUUUUUGUUGCGGGGUUAGAGGCUUUGUCGGAGGUGUUUGUUAGAGGUGUGGAGUUCCAAGACGAUAUGUAG